AUGAGGGUAGUGAAGCCGAUCUGGAUCAGACACGAUGAGUUCUCCAUCUUCUCCAUUCACAUCCACCCUGAUGGCAACAGGGUGGCCACCGGCGGCCAGGGCAACGACUGCGGUCGGGUGGCCAUCUGGAACAUGGCGCCCAUCAGGUCCAUCGAUGUGGAACAAAACAAACAGUCGCCCAAGCUGCUCUGUGCGCUGGACAGUCACCUACAGUGCGUGAACGCCGUUCGGUGGAGCAGCUCCGGCUUCUACCUCGCUUCAGCCGGCGAUGAUCAGCUGAUUAUGAUCUGGACGCUCAGCGGUCGGCACAGCGGUCCCGGGCCCUCGGAGUCCUACCGCCUGGUGAGCACACUGCGCAGCCACUCCGGGGACGUCCUCGACCUGAGCUGGUCCCACGGCGACCAGUGGCUCGCCUCUUCCAGCGUCGACAACAUGAUCGUCAUCUGGAACGCUCACCGGUGGCCGGAGAUUGUGACCACGCUGCGAGGGCACUCUGGUCUGGUGAAAGGCGUCGCCUUUGAUCCGAUCGGCAAGUACCUCGCCUCGCAGUCGGACGACAAGUCGCUGCGAGUGUGGCGAGUGAGCGACUGGACCGAGGAGGUGGUCAUCUCGGAGCCCUUUGAGCAGUGCGGCGGCACGACGCACGUCCUUCGCCUGUCCUGGUCACCAGAUGGGCAGUUUCUCGUGUCGGCGCAGGCGAUGAACAACUGCGGCUCAGUGGCGAAGAUCAUCGACCGGCAGGACUGGCGAGCGGACAAGGACUUUGUCGGCCACCGAAAGGCCAUUCCCGUGGUGUGCUUCAAUCCGAACAUCUUCAAGUUCCAGUCGGCGAGUGCUGCGAAGCUGAAGCGACAGAGCGUCAUUGCCGUCGGCUCCCGCGACCGGUCCAUCUCAAUCUGGGCCACAGCCCGCGGCAGUCGCCCGUUGAUGGUCUGCAAAGACCUCUUUGAGAACUCCAUACUCGACUUUUCCUGGUCGCGCAACGGCUACGAGCUGAUGGCCUGCUCUUCAGAUGGCACCGUUGCCUUCAUCGAGUUCACAGAGAAGGAGCUGGGUCCAAAGUGCAGCGAUAACGAAAUGUCCCAGUACCUGCAGCAGCUGUACGGCAAGAACCUUGGCAACAGCAAGAGCGCCAUCAUGAGCAAUCUCAUUGAGGACUUGGAUAUAAUGCUGCUGCAGAAGAGACAGCAGAAGGAGGAGGAAGAGCUGGGCAACAGUGCUGCUAUCAACAACAACAACAACCACGGCGACAGUGCUGCAGCCAGUCACAGGACCACUUCCAGCACAAGCACAACAACAACCACCACCACCAACGGAGUUGCCGUCGAAGAUCUCACCAGCACCAGUAAGAAGCCCUCUCCCGUGGAGAUGCUCGGCAACAACAAUUCAAACUCCUCAAAGGGUGCCAUUGGCGGUGGCCUCCGUCUGGCGAAGGGGCCACUGGAUAAGCAGAUUGAAAUUCGCUCUGCGGACGGUCGUCGUCGCAUCAUUCCGCUCUUCAUUCCCCCGCUCAAUGAUGCGCUGGGAGACGAGCAGCUGAACCAUGGCGGGGGAAGAGGAGGAGGAGGUGGCGGCUCGGCGGUUGCCAGUGGCAGCACUUCAGCCGCCGCUGGCUCGCUCAACUCGAUGUCCUUCAGCUCGAGCAGCGAGGCGAAGAGUAAAAUUGUGAUAGAGACCCGUGAUGAAUCGAACCCUCCGCUAGAGUACAUGACCUACGUCUCCAGUGAUCAAGUGAUGUCAAAUGGACAGACGAAGGCGAAAACGACGACGACAACAACAGCCGUUUCGGCUGGCGAAGGAACGUCCAAAGGAGCGAAAGGAGGUGGCUCCGAGUCACAAAGGACGCCGUCAAUGAAUGGGACUUGCGGAAAGCAGGGUAACAACGUGAGCCACAGCAACAACAACACCAGCGAUUCCAGUGAGUACCGGCCAAAGUCACCGGUGCCUUCUACCUCAUCUGCUGCCGCCACCACUCUCACCAACGGCACAAUGGUCAAUGGAGCCAACAACAAGGCGGCGAACAUCAACAACAACCAUACGUCACAAGUUCGACCUGAAUCCUCCAACGACUCCUCCUCAAGUGAUAUCAUCAUUCGCCGGCACAAGGGCAAGAGAAAAAUGAACAUUGAAAAUGGUCUACCGAAUGAACAUAUGCAGCAGCAGCAACAACAACAACAGCCGCCGACGAUACAGGUAAAGAGAAAGCCAGGCAGGCCGCCUGGAUCAGGCGCGAACCAACAAGCGAGUAAACAACAACAACAACAACAACAGAUUUCGAAUGUCGUCGAGGCUGCGCAGAAUAACAGGUGUUGCUAA